UCUCUCUCUCCAGCAGCUCCCAGCUCAAACCCAACCAACGCGAAACCCAAACAUCACCAUUGCCUCGCGAUUCAAAUCACCAACUCACGCGCAACCUCGACACAACCCUCCGGAUUCGAGCUCGGAGUCGCCCGGGGGAAGAUCCGAUCGGGAUCGGGGUCGUCGGCGGCGAGCCACAUGGCGGAGGACAAGUACAACCUGAAGAACCCUGCGGUGAAGCGGAUCCUCCAGGAGAUCAAGGAGAUGCAGUCCAACCCUUCCGACGACUUCAUGAGCCUCCCUCUCGAGGAGAACAUCUUCGAGUGGCAAUUUGCUAUCAGGGGACCACGUGAUAGUGAAUUCGAAGGCGGUAUUUACCAUGGCCGCAUCCAGCUACCUGCGGAGUAUCCAUUCAAGCCACCUUCGUUCAUGUUGUUGUCGCCCAAUGGUCGCUUUGAGACACAAACGAAGAUAUGCCUGAGCAUAUCCAAUCAUCACCCCGAGCAUUGGCAGCCAUCAUGGAGUGUGCGGACUGCUUUAGUAGCACUCAUUGCGUUCAUGCCAACCAACCCUAAUGGUGCAUUGGGUUCCCUAGACUACAAGAAGGAAGAAAGACGUGCCUUGGCUAUUAAAUCUCGUGAAGCAGCACCCCGAUUUGGUAACGCUGAGCGUCAAAAUCUGAUUGACGAGGUUCAUGAGUAUAUGCUGAGCAAAGCACUGCCUGUUCCUCAAGUUCAGCCUUCUGAUGACCAUUCUGCUGAAGCACAGAGCGACCAGGGAAAUUCUUCUCCUGAAGAGCCUCCACGCGAGGAAGGUGAUAGAGUCAUUGAAGAACCACGAGAACCCCCCGCAAAUCCAAAUCCUGUCUUGGAGAGAGCAGAGCCGUCUAGGCAUAGCCCCGCAAGAAGUGAACAGCUUCAAAUGAGGGUUCAAAAACCAGCUGAUGACCGCAUGUUCACGUGGGCUGCGGUUGGACUUAGCAUAGCAAUUAUGGUUCUCUUGUUCAAAAAAAUCAUGAAGUCUAUUGGACAUGGUGCCGUUUUCAUGGAUGAAUCCUAGACACAGGAGUGUUGAUGCUAGAAUUGCAUCAAUGCCUAAACCUUCGUUCAAAGGAAAAGCUUGUCAAUCCCCAAGAUUGAACUAUUUGUAAUAUAUUAUAUAUUCGACUUCUUGCACUCGAGAGGGUGUAUUUAAUAAAUUGAUGUAUAAAAACGCCUAGAUUUUGCAACGUGA